AUGUUAUUCGUUGGCGGAAAUUUCGAGGAGAUGAAAACCGCGUACGAUGUGAUGAAGGAGAGAAGAAGAAGGAUUUGCGAUAUACAUUUCAUCGAAACGGCACAGCGAAUGACAGAUGAGAUAACGUCACGAGGAGGCAGUUUGUUGCGUUCAGAAGAUGAUGGACGUACUUACGUGAGUAAGAGAGAUAUUCCUCCGCAGCUGAUUGCGAAUCUACAAGAUGUCUUGAAUGGUUUCGAUGACGGUUCUCUCUUCUCCGAUGUUGAUGUGCAAACAUUCGUGAAUGAAUGUCUCAGUCGAUACUAUAAUGGAGAAGUGUGGAUGGGUCCAGACUUGCAGUUUCCGAAGAGUGUCCAGCCUAUGGGUUUAAAAAGAGUCGAAGAGGCAUCAGUUCCUAGCGGACCUCAAUUCGUUCCAUCAACCACACCUCCGCCUACUAAAAGACCAAAAAUUGAGCUAGAAUUUGUGGAGAAGCGGGAGUCAACAUCGGAAUCGUCAUUUGUCCAUUCUGUUUCUUCGGAAAGCAUCACGAUCGGCUCCUUUCAUGCUCCAAACAAGGAUACGUCUACCUCCUCGUUUGACCCAUGGGAUAUCUGCGAAUUGCCUUCACAGGACAACGAUCUGCUCAGGAAGCACUUCAUGGUGGAGGGCGAACAGCUGCUUCAACUUUUUCGGUUUUGCCCACAAUGUGGUCAGAAGAUUCCCGAGGGAAACACUGUAAGACUUCUCGAACAUGCAACAACAGUAGGAUUUCAGUUCGUUGAACCUGAAUGGAUGGCGAAACAAUUCGAGUUGCUUCUGAUUAUGAAUGCCACCUCGCGAAGGUCGAUGGCUUUCAUUCCCAAAGUUAUGAUGUUCGAACUUCGCAUAACAUUCCUCCUUCACAUGGAGUUCAAGCAUAGAGAAUUUCAGCGGAAAAGAGGACGGACCGGAAACCCACUACUUAGUACUAUUCUGUGCCUUGCUCUUAACGUUUCUUUUGAGAACAUACGCAUUCUCCUGGUUGGAAAGGCUAGUGAUGACCGUAACGAUGCGCAACUCGAGCACCAGAGAAUAUUUGUAACAUCUGUCGCUCGUGAAAUGUGA